AGAUCGCAUGAAAGGAUCAGUACGUAACUACGUAUGUGGUUCGGUUUGCUGACAUAAAUCCGAUUUAUUCAGCGGUUGGGAGUUAUUCUACCUGUUUUGUUUUUUGUGUGGAAUAAACAUUAGUAAAUAACAAUCAAACGAUUUCAUCGUAGUUUUAUUAUUGACUUUGUAUAUCUUGGUGUACUUCUGAAAUCUUACAUCGUAACCGGAUUCCGCAGUUUUCAACCAGUAAUCGUUUUCUUACCAAGGUAACACACGAAAAUUCUGCUUCCUAAUGCCGAUGGUCGCGAGAGUUCGUAACGCUUUGCGGAAGUUGAUCGAUGAUUACGGUUCAUCUGGAUCAGACGAAGAAAAGUCGGAGAAAUCCAAGUCCCAUGCUGGUUCACGAAAGGCUUCAGUAAGUUCAAAACGCGGGUCCAAGGACAGGAUAUUUUUCCGUCCCACACAAACGGUAUCCAAGCAGUCCAGUGUGUCGGAUGAUAAUUCCCAGUCGUCAGGAUCGAAUGUGGAUGAAGAUGAGUGCCAGAAAACCGGCGAUGAACCACCUAGUAGUGGUAGUAACCUCAACGGUUUACUCGGAUCCGAGCAUCCCACAGAUGAGACACCCAGUUUGGACGUAGCAGCUGACGCAGCCAGCGAUGAGGCAGAGGUGGACGGCCAGCGCACCCGCGCGUUUCCACACUUUGCGGGCAACUGGGCGACGUUUGUUUACAUUAUUCCGCGAGUAGAAGGCUUGACGCCGUUGUUUACGCAACUGUUGGCGGAAGUUCUGAAAAUUCCGGACAUUAAACAUCUUAAUUGGUCGAUGGUGGAUGAGCCGCACAUCAGCUUGUCGCGUACUGUAGUGUUGCGUUAUCAUGAAAUUCCGCAGUUCACGGCUCACUUGAAGGCGGAAAUAAAGAAGUCAUCCAUUCCCCGGUUCACCUAUUCGUUUGAAGAUGUUGAAAUUUACUGCAAUGAUCAAGCCAACACUUCGUUCUUAGCAUUGCGUGUGGGUCGUGGUUCGGAAGAAAUGAGUGGACUGGUGAAAAUAAGCGAUACCUGUUUGAAGAGCUUCAAUAUGCCACAGUAUUAUCAAAAGCCCGAAUUCCAUUUGAGCUUUGCUUGGUGUCCAGAACAACUGGACGAAGCCGACAAGCACAAACUUCUGCAUACCGUCCGAAAACGGCUGCAACACUUGGAAUCUCAGUUUGCCGAUGAGUUCGAUCAGUGUGCCAAAGCGGUUCAUUGUCGAAGUGGAAAUCGAAGUUAUUUGAUGCCACUGUGAUGUUGUUAGUGUUUCUGUUUGGUGCCUUCGAUGGUGAUGACGUACCUUUUAUAUUUGUUUUUUACGGUUACCUUGCAUUCUUUUCUUGUUGCUGUUCCAUGAACGGUGUACUCUUAAUUCGUCAUUAUUACUCUAAAUUGAUUUUUACGAUUUAUUACUUCUGUACUCGUUUUGUAGAAACUAGAAGUACAAGUGUUACUGCAAGGACACCAUGUGUCCAGUACAAACCUAUUUCGGGGAAGAACUGUUUGUAAUAAAAGUUUAAAAACACCUAUGUGAAAGACAAAGCG